AUGUCAUCAAACGAUACCCCGCCUGCUGAGGAUUCGCAGCCAGAGACAAGUAAUUCGCCUACCAUGGAUUCCGAGACUCAAAACCAAAGCAAAACCUCCGCUCCUCAAAAUAAUGGGAAGCGACCAUGGAUCGCAUCGCAGCCCGGAGAAGCCAAAGUGAAGCGCACCCCGGCCUGUAGCGAGUGCAGGAAGAAGAAACUGCGCUGCCCACAUCGACGUGUCGUCGGUGAAAAUGAAGAUGCUACCACAUCAUCCAAGGCGACGAAACGAGCCAUUACAACAGACGACGAUGUGACAGUUGUAGCUCCAGACACCGCACCGCAAAGGGAAAGCAAGAUGGCCAAAGAGACCACCGGAGAUUCAGAAGAAGGCCCCUCGCAGGCACCCCGACGCUCUGGACGCAAGGUGGCAGUCAAAAGAAGUUCCUCCGAGUCUGGCCGAGCAUUGAGCGUGGUAGAUCGUAGUUCAGGCGCUCGAAACAUCCAAGAAAGUCUUCAAACCACGGAGGGAAAACCUCAAAAGCCGCAAGAGAUGUCGUCUUCCACAAAAAGGAAGCGCAAACUUGACCAAGUCCAAGAACCGGCUGCUAAUGGCGCUUCGACUGCCAAAAAGGCUCGCCUAUCAAAGAAUCUAAAACUCAUGGACGAUUUGAUUGCUGAAAUUACUGGCUCCCCAGACACACUUGAAGGACCGCCGUUCAACCUGGAAAUCGACGAAGAUGUACUGGGCACAUCAGCGAGCUUCCAAUGGAAUAGCAACAACAAUAAACUAGCCCAGGAGGAGCUCAAAAGGAUCUACGAGAAAUGGGGAGUGGCUCAAGACGCUUUCGAGACUGCAGGCAGGCAUAUAAGCCGAGCGCAUGAGUCGAUCAAAAUCGCAGACGAAAGCUUUGUCGAGACUAUCAAGAUGUCGGUCAGAUUGGGCUAUGUCUUCGGCGUUUGGGGAAAGACAUAUGAUCUGGUUCAAAACCAAGAGCACAUGGAGCAAAGGUGCCAAUAAUAAACAGCACAAUAAGAGUAAGCGCACAUAUCAAUGAUCAGUUCAUCUCGAAUUCCAAAUUUGAGCCCGACCGCAAAUUAUUUCAGCCCUGGCUCUGGAACAUCAGCCAUUGUCCU